UCGGCUCGGCUCGACUCGGCUCGGCUCGGCUCGGCUUGUUUUCGUCCCGCCCUCCAGCAGAGCGACAUGAGAUCCGGACCCCGCGGUCCUGGGACUCUUUGGUGUCGGGGAGGCUGGACCGAGUGGACCAGGACCCGGAGCACGGACUGGGAUUUCCGCGUCGCUGUGCGGGGGUUCAGGACUGAGAGGCCCCGGAUACACACCGAGCAGGUUUCUGCAGCGGAGCCGGACUGUGGGGGACUCCUGCGGACUGCGGGACCCUGAACGACGGAGGACCGAGAUCUGCAGGAGCCGACUGAGUCCGAGACAUGUACCAGGUCCAGGGGAAAGGGGAAAGGGUCGUUGCCAUGGUGCUGAAGGAGCUUCCUGGUAAAAAGGCAUCCUCAGAAGGAAACCCCCUCAUCACCGUGACAACCAAGCUGGUCCGGGAGCAGCAGGAGAGCCGGCCUCUGCUGAGUCCCUCCAUCGAUGACUUCCUGUCAGAGAGCCGGAGUGACGCCCCCUCCACCCGACCCCUCGCCUCCAACACAGCAGUCCUGUCCACAGCUCUGGACCUGGUGGACCUCAGUGAUCCGGGGGAGAGCAGCGGGGGCAGUAAUGGAGGCAGUAACAGUAACAAGGAGCAGAGGAGGAGGAGUCCUCUGAGGAGGAAGGGCAGCUCCAAGAGUCCACGACGACGGACGAGACCUGAUGAGACAGAGCUGAUCCAGGUGGAGGUGGAACACCUGCCCGCCAGUCCCAGGACCCCAGAGAGGAUCUCUCUGGACUCAGUCAGCCUGUCCUCUCCUCUGGACAAAUGGGACGAUGUGAACCUGGACCUGGAGGACGGAGGACGCAGGAGAUACGAGAAGAGAUGCACCUCCCACCACUCCUCCAGUGAGCUGCUGUGGUCUGCAGAGUUUAAAACGGAUCCUCUGACCAAGAACGCCUUCGACAUCCACAGCUUCGAUGAUCUGGACUUCACCCCCUCCUCACAGGACUGUGGGGCGUCCAGGCAGCGCAGACGGACUCGCUCCCUGCUGGCCAGGAAGGAGUCUCUGGAGGACGAGUUUGUCAGAGCCAAGGCUGCUGUAGAGUCAGACACAGAGUUCUGGGAUAAGAUGCAGGCGGAGUGGGAGGAGCUCGCUCGGAGGAACUGGCUGGAUGAGUCUGAGAGUCAGGGGCCGAUCCCGCCCUCCGUCUCACCUGCAGAGAAGGGUUACUACUUCAACACCAACAACCCGUACAAAGACUGGCCCUGCGCCUUCGCCGAGGGUCAGGAGAAAGGCCGAGAGGGCGACCUGAACACCGCCGUCCUGCUGCUGGAGGCCGCCAUCUUACAGGACCCGCAGGACUCUGAGGCGUGGCAGGUUUUAGGAACGACUCAGGCCGAGAACGAGAACGAGCAGGCCGCCAUCGUGUCCCUGCAGAGGUGUCUGGAGCUCCGCCCCAACAACCUGCCGGCUCUCAUGGCGCUCGCCGUCAGCUUCACUAACUGCAGCAUGCAGCGGGAGGCGUGUGACGCUCUGCACCGCUGGAUCCGCCACAACCCCCGAUACAAACACCUGGUCCCGGGGCGCAGGAGUCCACUACAGGGAUCCCCGGCCUCCCCAUGCAGGGUCCCUCGCACCUCCACACCUGGCAGACCCGGUCUGCAGGAGGUGCUGUUCCUCUUCCAGGAGGCGGCUCUGUUGAAUCUGGACUGUGUGGACCCGGACCUGCAGACCGGUCUGGGAGUCCUCUUCAACCUGAGCUCAGACUUCAACAAGGCGGUGGAGGCGUUCACUGCGGCGCUGUCGGUCAGACCUCAGGACUACCUCCUGUGGAACCGUCUGGGCGCCACGUUGGCGAACGGCGACCGCAGCGAGGAGGCAGUGGAGGCCUACACCCGAGCCCUGGAGCUGCAGCCCGGAUUCAUCCGGUCCAGAUACAACCUGGGGAUCAGCUGCAUCAACCUGGGAGCUCACAGGGAGGCGGUCAGUAACUUCCUGACGGCUCUGAACCAGCAGAGGCGGAGUCAGCGCUGCAGCCAGCAGCAGAUGUCGGCUAACAUCUGGGCCGCCCUCCGUAUCGCCAUCUCCAUGAUGGACCGACCCGAGCUGUUCCAGGCCGCCAGCGUGGGGGACCUGGACCUGCUGAUGAGGGCCUUUGACGUGGGCGAUGUCUGACGGUGGGACAGAAGGCGGUCUGAGGAGGUUCAGGUCAGAGUCUCCCACACAGGGAUCAGAGACCGAGACGGUUUGGUUUGAGACCAAAGAGACUUAGACGGCUGCAGGAGGAUCCUUCGCCAUAGAACAGCACAACCCUUUAGCUUCCUGUCAGACCGGGGUCCACAGAGACCCGGGGACGGCUCUCCAGGUCCUCACUGCAGAGUACCAACAUGUGAUGUCACAGUGAUGUUGACACAGCUUGGCGUGACAUCACUGUGACAUCACUGUGACAUCACUGCUACAGACUAUGACCGUCUCACCAGCAGGGGGCAGCAGAGUCCUUCUGCAACACUCAGCUUUACAUUCUCACAGCUGAUCCAGAAUCAGCCCCUCCCCCUUCUCAGUCCACCUGUCGGACUUCAUCCAUUCAGGACCCGCUCUGAGCCGGGCUGCAGGGUCAUGUGACCCCCCAUCAUGGUCUCUUCUUCUUUCCUUUCUCUCUGAUCUUCUUUCUGACGUUGCUGCGCAUGUUUCACAUUAAGAGCCUGUCACAAACUCAAGUAGCCAUAACCUUCCACUCAGCAGACUCUUAUUGUGAAAAACCAGCAGGAAGUGUGAGAACGGCUUCACAGAGGCGGGAGGCGGGACUAACGUCGAGCCUCAGGUGUUUCAUGAAGACGUCACGUGGUUUCAUUCUGACCCUCAGAGCCAGGAAGCUGCUCGUGACGCUCUCUUCUUCUUCUCUUCUUUAAAAAAACACGACUGUUGUUAUUGGUCUACUUAGGCUCUUUUAUUUUGAAGGUCUGUCCGGUCUCCUCCUUCCUGUUGUUGGCUCUCAGGUGAAUCUUCAGUUCACAACAACUCAAGGCUGCAGCACUUUCUCUGCUCGAUGCACAAAUCUAUUUAUACAGCUUCAAUAUAAGACUUAUAACCUUUAACUAUGAAUGAGUUAUCAGUAAUCUAUAUAAUCCUGUCCGUCCAUCCUUCAGUGUUUAUUCAGUUUGAGCUCUUUGACACCUGACCCAAGGUCUACCCAAGGUCUACCCAAGGUCUACCCAAGGUCUACCCAAUGUCUACCCAAGGUCUACCCAAGGUCCACCCAAGGUCCACCCAAGGUCCGCCCAAUGUCUACCCAAGGUUCACCCAAGGUCUACCCAAGGUUCACCCAAGGUCUACCCAAGGUCCACCCAAGGUCCACCCAAGGUCCACCCAAGGUCCAUCAGAAGAACAAGCGGGGAAGGUUGGACCAGCUGCAUGUGAGGAGGGGAUCAUCGUUAGUGUGACUCUGAUAUAUUCACAGACUUAUUAAAGGACAGCUUUACCUUACACAUGUUGGGCUGUCAAUGACCGACCAGGCUCUCUGCACCAAACCCACCAGGCCCACCAGACCCACCAGACCCACCAGACCCAACAGGCCCACCAGACCCACCAGACCCAACAGGCCCACCAGGCCCACCAGACCCACCAGGCCCACCAGACCCAACAGACCCAACAGGCCCACCAGGCCCACCAGACCCACCAGGCCCACCAGACCCACCAGACCCACCAGACCCACCAGACCCAUCAGAUCUACAAGACCCACCAGACCCACUAGACCCACCAGACCCAUCAGACCUACCAUAGCCACCAGACCCACCAGACCCACAAGACCCACCAUACCCACCAGACCCACCAGACCGACCAGUGACAGGCCCACCAGACCCACUAGGCCCACCAGACCCACCAGACCAACCAGGCCCACCAGGCCCACCAGGCCCACCUGACCCACCAGACCCACCAGGCCCACCAGACCCACCAGACCCACCAGGCCCACCAGACCCACCAGACCCACCAGACCCACCAGUGACAGGCCCACCAGACCCACCAAGCCCACCAGACCCACCAGACCCACUAGGCCCACCUGACCCACCAGACUCACCAGACCCACGUCCGUGUCUCUCGGAGGCGUCACCAGUAAAAAAUCAAACGUUCUGCUUCCUGCUUUGAUUCCAUGACGACAGAAACGGACGUCCUGUUUUUAAUCCCUGGGGGUCAGGUCCUGGAGGUCCUGGAGGUCCUGGAGGUCCUGCAGGUCCUGGAGGUCCUGCAGGUCCUGGGGGUCCUGCAGGUCCUGGAGGUCCUGGAGGUCCUGGAGGUCCUGCAGGUCCUGGAGGUCCUGCAGGUCCUGGAGGUCCUGGAGGUGUGCAGGCUGUGGAGUGAUGGCAGGUUGCAGUCCACCUCUCUGAGAGUGAUGUCACAGCUGUGUGUGGUUCCUCUUCCUCGUAAGGGUCUCUCUCUGCAGGGAUCCUCUCUGAUCUCUAAAAACCUGAGCCUGUCAGGGACCAGAACCAGACCUGUUAGUGGACUCACUUUGAUCCAUCAUGAUGUUGCAGACGUUACAGCCUGUUCCCCUGCUGCAGGAGGAAGAGCUGCACACGCUCAGAGAGGUUCUGUUGGUGUUGGUCCUUUAGAGCCCAUGAGUCCCCGAUCUGUCCCUGAGUGUUGGUUUCAUCGGUCCUCGCGUGAACGCACGUUUAGUUUUUUAGCACCACGAAAACCACGACAUGAAGGAGAGUCUCUGCAUGAGGAGUCAGAUCCAAAGCAGGUGCUGCGGGGCGUGGAGCCCGCAGGGGGUCAGGUCUGGUGUUGAACUGGUUUCUUUUGACAUGUUUCUGCUUCAGAAGCUUCAGAGUUUAAAGAUUCACAGACUCUGUUAUUAGAGGGACCGCUGGAGGAUUUACAAUCAUAGAAUCAGAAGCCGUCAGCAAGCCGUCAGCAAGCCGUCCCUCCAGCAGCGCUGUAGUCCCAUCACCAAGCAUGUAGCCCAGGUUGAGUCUUGAGUCCCAGUUUAGUUCUCUGAGCUCGUCCCUGUCCUCUCCCCGGUUGAGUCUUGAGUCCCAGUUGAGUUCUCUGAGCCCGUCCCUGUCCUCUCCCCGGUUGCCCGGUGAUCUCUCACAGACGAGGUGACCCGUGAGUGUGCAUGCAGGUGAACUAAAUCAGUUGUUAGGAUUAUUAGGACCUUGUACAAAAAAUAAUCUUGAUCUAAGAAAGUCCGGGUCCUCCUCUUCAGAGCCCUGAAACCCAGCACUGGAGUCAGACUGCCCUCCAGUCAUGUGAUUGGUUGAUCUAUUAACCAAUGAGUGUGAAUCUUUCCUCUGACGCUUCUGAAAGAUGUGUUCAGACCAAAACCCUUCAGACAUGAACGCAGGGCCAUGACCCAGACGCUCCAGGACACCUCAUCCCCUACAGGACAUUCAAAGUACUGCAGACAUACAGGACUGCCAUUAAAUCACAUGUUACUGUCAUUACAUCACAGUGACAUGUUACUGUCAUUACAUCACAGUGACAUGUUACUGUCAUUACAUCACAUUGACAUGUUUACUGUCAUUACAUCACAGUGACAUGUUUACUGUCAUUACAUCACAGUGAC